AUGGCAGUAGCUGAAGAUACAAAACUGGAAGCAAACACUCCUCUACCAACUACUCCAAUAGCAUUAACAACCAAGGAGGUUGAAGAAGAUGAAUCCAAUCAAGAAAUCAAAUUUAAAGAAGAUGACAUUUUAAUUGGUUGUAAAGUCUAUGUUUCAAAAGAUGGUGAAUAUAGAUUAGCAGAAAUCUUACAAGAACAUUUAAAAAAGGGAAAGAAAGUGUUUUAUGUCCAUUAUCAAGAGUUUAACAAAAGAUUGGAUGAAUGGAUCAAUACUGAUAGAAUAGAUUUCAAAAGAACUAUGGUUUUACCACAAGUUAAAACUGAAAAAGAUGAAAAGAAGGAUGGUAAGAAUAAGAAGAAAAGUAAUAGACUGAAGGCACAACUAGCGUCUAAAUUAACUAGUCAACGAUCUGUAAAUAUGGAAAAUACAGAUACUGCUUCUGCACCAGAUACUCCAACACCAACCAUGGGAGAAGAUGAAAUGGAUUUAGAAAAUUUAAAUGUUCAAGGAUUGAAAAGACCAGGAGAAGAAGUUUCAAGAGAGGAUGAAAUUAAGAAAUUAAGAGUUGGAGGAUCAAUGACUCAAAAUCAUCUGGAAGUAGCGAGAGUUAGGAAUUUAUCUUAUGUGAUUUUGGGUGAACAUAUUAUUGAACCAUGGUAUUUUUCACCCUAUCCUAUUGAAUUAACUGAAGAAGAUGAAAUAUAUAUUUGUGAUUUUACAUUAUCAUAUUUUGGAUCUAAGAAAAGAUUUGAAAGAUUUAGAUCUAAAUGUUCAAUGAAACAUCCACCGGGGAAUGAAAUUUAUCGAGAUUCAAAAGUUAGUUUUUGGGAGAUUGACGGUAGAAAACAAAGAACUUGGUGUAGAAAUUUAUGUUUAUUAAGUAAACUAUUUUUGGAUCAUAAAACUUUGUAUUAUGAUGUUGAUCCAUUUUUAUUUUAUGUGAUGACAAUUAAAUCUGAUCAAGGACAUCAUGUUGUGGGAUAUUUCUCUAAAGAAAAGGAAAGUGCUGAUGGAUAUAAUGUUGCAUGUAUUUUAACUUUACCAUGUUAUCAAAAGAAGGGAUAUGGGAAACUUUUAAUUCAAUUUUCAUAUAUGUUAUCUUAUGUAGAACAUAAAGUGGGGUCUCCGGAAAAACCAUUAUCGGAUUUAGGUUUAUUAUCUUAUAGAGCCUAUUGGACAGAUACUUUAGUUAAAUUAUUAGUGGAAAGAAAUAAUCCAAGUUUAUAUCGAAAGAAUAACCCUAACGCUAUUGAAGAUACCGCAGAGCCAGAAACAGGUGGUUCAAGUCCACCAGCAACAACAGUUUCUCAAAGUGGUAGACAAGGUAAUGCAAGUGAAAUCACAAUUGAAGAUAUUUCUUCAAUUACUUGUAUGACAACUACUGACAUUUUACAUACUUUAUCAACAUUACAAAUCUUAAGAUAUUAUAAGGGACAACAUAUAAUUGUUAUAACUGAUCAGAUUAUGGCAUUGUAUGAAAAAUUGACUAAAAAAGUUCGAGAAAAGAAGAAACAUGAACUUGAUCCUCGAUUAUUGAAUUGGACUCCGCCUACUUUCACAGCAAAUCAAUUGCGGUUUGGCUGGUAG